GGAGGGGCAUGCUGUCUUCUUUCAUUCUUCCACGCCAGGGUCUCCGGAAUGAAAACUGCCCCCAGCCGGGCCAGAGCGAGGGGAUGAAAGGCGGCCCGAAGACCUCUAGUCGAGCCUCGUCCCGCCCGGAUUUCGGAAACCGGCCUAGCCGGGGGGUGGCCCGCCACGCGGCCGCCCGACCGCGGGAGAUAGGGGGCAGCGUCGCCCCUGGCGCAGUUGCUCCCGCAGGACGCACACCCGGGCUGGCACUGUCCCAUCCCAACGUGACGCCCCGCCCCGUCUCUUGGAUCAGAAUCUCAAAUCCCUUCUAGCAUCUUCCCCUCUCUCCGCUGGGCCUUUGCUGGGAAAACUCCAGGCCACCUCCACAUCCUGGCCCAGGCUGGAACCAGCACAGCCCCUUCUUCCUCUGUGCCCCCUCCCCCCCGAAAUUCAUCAUGGAGAGUAAGGAUGAGGUCAGUGACACCGACAGUGGCAUCAUCCUGCAGUCUGGCCCGGACAGCCCCGUUUCCCCAAUGAAGGAGCUGACCAACGCGGUUCGCAAGCAGCAGAGGGCCCUGGAAGCGAGGCUGGAGGCCUGCUUGGAGGAACUGCGCAGACUCUGCCUGAGGGAGGCGGAGCUGACGGGCACUUUGCCCACAGAGUAUCCCCUUAAGCCAGGCGAGAAGGCCCCCAAGGUCCGGCGCAGGGUUGGAGCGGCGUACAAGCUGGAUGAGUGGGCUCUGCACAGAGAGGACCCCCUGAGCAGCCUGGAGCGCCAGCUGGCUCUGCAGCUUCAGAUCACCGAGGCGGCUCGCAGGUUGUGUGCAGAGGACAACCUCAGCCGGCAGGCCCGCAGGCAGCGGAAGCACGCUGCGCUACAAGAGGAGAAGAAGCUGAGGGAGCUUGAGCGCUGCCUGGGUGAUCGGCGGCGGAACAGCGAGCCCCCGCCCACCACUGCGCCCUCCCUGGGCAGAGAGCUCAGCGCCUCUGAUGAUAGCUCCCUGUCGGAUGGGCUACUCCUGGAGGAAGAGGAUUCCAAAGCGCCGAAACCUGCCCCAGAGUCCCCGGCACCACCUUCACGGCCGCUCCCACCCCAGAGCCUUGAGGGCCUGCAGCCAACAGGACCAGAGUCUGGCGGCCUGGAACGGGCCCCGAUCCAAAACAGUCCGUGGAAGGAGACCAGCCUGGACCACCCCUAUGAGAAGCCUAGGAAGUCUUCAGAGCUCAGUAGCGAGUCCAGCAGCCCGGCCACCACUCCUCAGGACCAGCCUAGCACCUCCAGCCUGUGGCUGCUGGAUCCUGCCUCCUGCCAUGUGGUCCCCGUCCGAAAUGUUCCUGGCCAGCGGCAGGGCCGCACCAGUGCCCCAGCUACCCCUGAGAUGCAGGGCCGGAGGGGCCAGACGCAGUCUCUGAGGGUGGACUCCUUCCGAACAGGUGUGGAAGGCCGAGGUCGGAGUGCCUUUCCCCGCCGCCGCCCCACUCACUACACGGUGACCGUGCCAGACUCGUGCUUCACGCCCAGCAAACCCCCGCUGCCACACCCUGCCUGCCACUCUUGCUCUGAAGACAGCGGCUCUGACGUCUCCAGCAUCUCCCACCCCACCUCACCCGGCAGCAGCAGCCCCGACAUCUCCUUUCUGCGGCCCCUCUGUCCCCCUGAGCCACCUCGCCAUCGUGGGGCCUGGGGCCCGGCCUGCGGCAGAGAGCUGGCCACUCACUACCCAAAACUGCUGCUGCCGGCUGGUUACUUCCCCACGGGGCGCUAUGUGAUGGUGGCCGAGGGCCACCUGCCACCGGGCGAGUGGGAGCUGUGUCGCGCAGCGCUGAGUGCUGCCUACGACGAGGAGGGUGCUCCGCUGCGCUACCAGCGCUUGGUGCCCUCCCACAGCCGCAUUGUGCGCACGCCCUCGCUGAAGGACAGCCCUGCGGGCAGGGGACUCAGCAAGGCAGCCGUCUCGGAGGAGCUCAAGUGGUGGCACGAGCGGGCACGUCUCCGGAGCAGCCGCCCCCACUCGCUCGACCGCCAAGGGGCUUUCCGUGUCAGGAGCCUGCCUCCCGGGAGGGAGAGCUUCGGGCGGGCCUCGGGACCCCGGACACAGGUGCCCCCAGUGUGUGUACUCCGGAGGUCGCCAGACGGGGCUCCCAUGCAAGUCUUUGUGCCUGAGAACGGAGAGAUCAUCAGCCAGGUGUAACGACUCUGCAAGCCUUGGCCACGACCGGGAAAGACUUUUAUAUUGGAGCUGGGGGUUGAGACCCUCACCCUAGAGUGCUUCUUUCAGCUCUCCUACCCUCAUCGCCGGCCGAUGACUCAGAGCUGAGACCUUUCUUUUUUACACGAGUGACUUCCAGAAGCCCUGACGUGAGGACUUGUAUCUGUGAUUUGUUGUCUUCAAGGUUCCGAUAAUAUGAUUAUACUUCAUCCCCCAGA